UGCCAACAAAAAGGAUCACAAAGGAUCACAGUUCCCCAGUGCUUCAUCUUCAGCAAAGGAAGAUGAAAUUCUGCAUGGAUACUUCAGAAAUCAGGUAAUGACACUUCUGGCAGGAAAAACUUGAUGUGUCUUAACAACAUGCUUGAAGCGUAUCGGUUCUCGCCGUGAUGGGGUGUGACAGUGGUGUUGGGGAUUCAUGUUUUGGAUACUCACCUCGGGUCAUUUGGAGCCUUUCAGAAUGGUGUGUCACCAGCAUCAUGUUUCCAGUUGGAUCAGGCAGCUUUAGUUUUCUUGUCAAAUACUGGAGGGUGGUCUAGAACUCUGAUCUCAGCUUGAUGUGAAACCAAAGGCAAAAAUGGUAACUUGAUAAUUUUUUCACAGAAACUGGAUUUUGCUGAAUGAACUUUUCAAAAAGCUCUUAACACAGUAGCUUUUAGGAGUUUUAAAAUGCUCUGUGCAUAUUGCAUCCUGUUGGCUCUUGUUCUUCUGAGUCAAAAGUAAAAAUGUCCUUUUCCCUCAGAUAAUUUCUGGAGCUUCAGCAGGACUUGGUGUUACAGCAGCACAGAGUCUGUUGGCACUAUAUGGUGCAGGUGCAUAAUACACAUCUCUCCCAUCCAGCAAAAACCUAACAGUGAGUGUGAGGACUCACCAAGUGUGAGAAGGGAUUUUGCUGAUGCUGCUUUCCCAUAGCAGAGGUUUAGUUCGUGCUCUUCAUGUUUCAUCACUCAGAUGGAUUUGCACAUAAAGAUUAAAAAGGGGCUUCUGUGCUUUAGUAAUUGUUUCUUCUUACAAAGAUACCUUUUAACCUUGGGGGGAAGCAUCUCCCAAAAUUCUGGGCAACUCUUGGUAUGUUCAUCUAUAGUCACUCAGAAUAAAAUUACCACUUGAGAAAUGUUGAGAUGCCGCUCUGAUUUAUUCAGUAUGUUUUUAAGAUUGCCUUUAAGUGAACUGAGCUUUAGAUGACUCCUCUGUCCUCUUCUUAAAGCUUAGUUGCUCUAAGCGCUGAGAUUGUGGGAAGCUGUUGAUUGUCAGAUUGAAAAAAGAAAAAAGAUUUGCUGCUUUUUAAUGGUCUUGUCCUGGCUUUGAGGGUCAUGUUUUUAUCUUGUUUUUGGCUAAGUGCUAGAAUUUGCACAUUUUCUGUGCUUAGUGCUUGGUUGGAGCCUUACUUGCUGGACGUGUACAUUGGUAAGACAGCAAGAUUCAUACUGUAUAGCAAAAAAAAAAAAGUGGUAGUAUCAACUUUGUAAAUUUGAUACUCUCCAUUUUGUGAGAAUGUUGAAAUAAAACCUACCGGUACUUAAAUUUGAGCAGCUUUGACAUUAACUUACAUAAAUCACAUGACAGUUUGCCUUUAAGCUGUAAUAUGACUUGAGACUGUGGGAAGUAUCUUUUCCUGGUGCCUGAUUCCUGAUUUUGCCUUGUUUUAUGCUUUAUGUCUGUUUCUAACUUGAUUCUGUUUCAAAGUCUGACUUGAAAUUGAAUGACCAGACUUACUGUGGCAAAAUUGCUGUUGCUGUGGGGAGCAAGUUUACUGUGUGACCAUUUUAGAUGAGGUUGGGUUCAUGGUAUAAUAAAGUUUAUGGUUUGUUUAUAUUUUCAGAUACAAUCCGAUACCUCUCCCUGCACGACAACAAAUACAUUCGGUAUUUCCCAGGGCAUACAAAAAGAGUGGUUGCUCUUUCGAUGUCUCCAGUGGAUGACACUUUUAUUUCUGGAUCCCUUGAUAAAACUAUUCGACUUUGGGAUCUCCGUUCUCCAAAUUGCCAGGGUUUAAUGCAUCUCCAGGGGAAGCCUGUGUGUUCUUUUGACCCAGAAGGGUUGAUUUUUGCUGCUGGAGUCAAUUCUGAAAUGGUGAAGCUUUACGAUCUCCGAUCUUUUGACAAGGGGCCAUUUGCUACGUUUAAGAUGCAGUAUGAUCGGACGUGUGAGUGGACAGGCCUGAAGUUCAGCAACGAUGGCAAACUCAUCCUCAUAUCAACUAAUGGAGGGUUCAUUCGGCUGAUUGAUGCCUUUAAAGGAGCCAUCCUGCAUACGUUUGGGGGUUAUAACAAUAGUAAGGCUGUCACGCUGGAGGCAUCAUUCACACCAGACUCUCAGUUCAUCAUGAUAGGUUCAGAGGAUGGGAAGAUUCAUGUUUGGAAUGGGGAAAGUGGGAUGAAGGUGGCUGUGCUGGAUGGGAAACACACAGGUCCUAUAACCUGUCUGCAGUUCAACCCCAAAUUCAUGACUUUUGCUAGUGCAUGUUCUAAUAUGGCCUUCUGGUUGCCAACUAUUGAUGACUAAUUCCUACGCUGCAGCUGCUGUCAGAUGACUUCCAUACUGCUAACAGCAGCACAUCAUUGCAAGCAUAGUAUUGGAAUUGCCUAGGGCUCCUAGACUGUGUUCCUGCGUAUGUUUCCAUAUGUUUUACCUUUAUUUGCUGCAUUCCUUCAUGAGGACUCUUCCACUGGGCCUCCUGGCAUGUUCAGAAGCAGCACGCUACACGUUCUCACCUUCCCGGCCGUGCCCAGCAGGCUUCAGCCCAAGUUGGAACUGACACAGUAUUAUUUCCAAGAGCAAUGAAGUUUGGUUUAUUUACAAAAUGUUUGUGGCUGUAUUUUUAAAAAAAUUUUUUUAAGCUGUUAUUUGUGUGUUUUCCUUCUGUAAGUGCACACUAUUGGCUAUCGAUGUUCCGAGGUGGAAUGUGCAGUUCCUUCCCGUAAGUGCAUGUUUUCCACAUCUGGGAUCUCUUUGGUUUCGCUGCAGCCCACAGAUGAGAAGUUACUUCUGUGCCAAACGCCAACACUGACAGUUCCCAACUCACACAGCAGAUGCUGGAGUCUCUUGCAGUGGAACACGCGCUGAAAGAGUGGAUGACUGUAAAUAUAUACAUUAUACGUCCUGUCAUCCUUCUGUUGGGGAUUCAGCCUGCAAUGAACCACACAGGUUUUGUCCACUGCCAGGGCUUGCCGAAGCCUCCCUGCUGAUUGCUGUGCCGGCGUCCCGGGGGGCACAGACCGUAUGGACGAGGUGCCAUCAGUGUCCCGAGCAAUAAAGGAGUCUGUCAGCAGGAAGAUGGAGAAACCAAACUGAGACUGAAAGCACAGUCUGCCUGUGUAUCUUCCUUAUGUAUCAUCUUGGCUGAUCUUACUUGUAAAUAUUGGGGGGGGGAGGGAGGGCAGUGGGAAUGGGCCAUAUUUUUUUACUUUUAGAUAUUAAAGAAUAUGAUGUGGGCCAGUAUUGUGGGGUGUCUAGGCUGUUUACCUUCACCAACGCAGUUUUCCCCUCCUGGUUUGUAAAUAAGCUCCAUUAAAUUCUCCCCAAGCCAGGCUUAGACCUGUAGCCCCUUGUUGAUAAAACUGACUCGCAGUUAGUUCCUCAUGCGUUUUGUUACAGGUCUUGCAGCUUUUCAGCGAUAGCCCCGAAAGAGCGACGACGUUUCCGUUGUCAGAUGAUGUUUUCAAAAUUGAAUUUUAAAAUUUUUACGUGUGACUCUGCUGACGCUGCUUUGCUGUGGCCCCGCUCCAAGGAAUUGCCCCUGCAAAGAGACAGGAGGGACGUGCUCUCCUGCUUCAGAGGGGCUUGUGGACGAGUGGCACGGAAAGGCUGGCAAGCUGCUCUUCAAGCCUGGCUCCUGUUUCUUUUUCCUGAGGCGCUGAAUUGAUCAGAUGCAUCCACCAGCAGCAGGCUGGGACAGGCUCGGCGUAAAUACGGCGUUGAUUGUAUUCUUGCCUUUCCAGACACACCUGACUUUGUGCUGGGUCACAGCUUGGAAAGUCCAUCCUUUCCCAGUCACAUGCGCGUCCCCUCUAAAUGUAAAGUGCCAGGAAGGUGACAGGCACAGCCGUGGGCACGUUGUGUCUGCUCUCAAGGGCAGGUCCAUGCCGCAGAGCAGCGCUCGAGCCUUUUUCCUUGGGUCAGCUGUCUGGAUGUUCCCCUCUUACAGCAAAGUUCGUCUCGACUGUGGGGUCCUGUAUAUAAUUGGAAAAUUGGCCUGUGGAGCGGCUGCUUCUGGUUUGCUUUUCCUUGCUGUUUUUUUUGUGUUUUUUGUUGUUUUUACAGCCCUUGUUGAUGGCAAUGUGAUGGGGAAUGAUCAUUUCUCUGCUGCUGGUUCCUCUAAAGCAGCAGCAGGUGCUGAGCUGCAGCAUUUGCCCGUGACAGUUGGCAGGAGCCCUGCCCCACCUCUGCUGGUCUGAUAAACCUGGUGUUUGGGUUGAUGCUGUGGUUGAUGCUUCUUGGACCCCGUGGUGUUCCUCUGCUGGUGCUGCCACACGAGUUCAGAGCUGUUUCUAACGGCACGGCUCUGGGAUGGGGGUUUCCUGCCCUCUGAGCCAGAGGAGGGAAGGGAACAGUGAGCUGAUGCUGUCCAUCUUGACAAACAGGCCUUCUCUUGGAGACGCAAAUGAGAAAUUCAUGCUACUACAGCAGCAUCCCUCUUCCCAGCUGUACUGUCCCACUGUCACCUGUGAAUGCCCAGCGCAAAGGGAGAUGGUUAUCUCAGUCCUCACAGUUGACUGGGUUUCCCCAGCCACCUCUUCAGCUCAGUAUUGUUGCAUUUCAGGCUGCUCGGUGCUAUUUUGCCAUUGUUGGUGUUUCUGUAAGCAGCCGUGUUCUGCAGUGCUCUGUAUCCUACAGGUAUUUGGGGUUUGUAGUGCGUUUUAACAGUUAAACUUCAGCGUUCGGUAGCAAAUCGUUCAGGGUUUUACCAGGUCUGUUGCCUGAGGAAGUGAAUGGAGAGCCUCCUCCAAACAUUUUUUGUGGUACUUUUCAGAGGGAAGCAUUUGGAGGUCUUUUAUUCUAAAAAUGCUGUAAAAAUUCUAAAAACGUGGUUCUGGCGCUUGCCCAGAGACAGUUGUUCAGCUCUCGCGCUUGUGGUGUUGUCAAACAUUGUGCGUUGUAGCAUGAAAUGUUUAAGAGAAAGAAGGACACACACGCUGAGGACACUGGUGGCUUUCUGGAGUGAAGGAAGGUACAUUUAUGGUUCAUAAUUAAACCUUGAGCACCUUCCCAGGGCUGGCUGCCACCCGCCCAGGCAGAGGCUCCUUUCUGGGGUGAUGUAGCACUGGGCGUUUUCCGUCUGCCUUUAAAGAGAGGGAAAUGGGCCAAGUAUGGCCAAGAAACUUGAGCGUGGCGUGUUUCUGGAGGGUCAGAAGGUGAAUAAAGCUUUUAGCUUCCAGCUGCUCUGUGAUUCUCUAAAAGUAUCAGGACUGGGAUUCCUGUGCUCUUCAGGGCAGCUGCCUAAUUGGAAACCUCAUUAAAAACAGCACUCCUGGGUCUAGUGGAGUCUCCAACCUUACGUAAAGCCAAGCAGGAAACGGCGUUCCCUUCCCAAAUUUGAUGUUUAAAAGAUUAAUCCCUCCCCUCCGUGUUGUUUGGGAUGACGUAAAGACCUUCAAAGCAAGAGGGAAGUGAGACUCAACAGCCCCUCUCUAAAUAAGUUGGGGGGGGAGGGAGCACAUCUGUUUGGGCUGAAGGAGACUUGGGGUGUAACUGAGUUGGUCUUUGAGAGUUUUGAGUCCCCCGGGUCCUUGGUUGAGUCCCAGCCCCUGCUCUGGGGGACACAGGAGCAACCGAGGAACAAGUUUGGAAGCAGCAGUGUCUAUUUUCCAAUGCCCCUUGACUAUAUUUGCACUUUAAGAGACUUCACCUCGGUUUUGGGUCAGGGGCGAGGAUCCUGGUGAGCCUUUUGGGAACUGGUCUCUCUGGUCGUGAGCUGGUACGGGGAGUCUGCCUCCUGGGUGUAAAUACGUCAAGUCAAAUUAUGCUUUGUCACAAAAUACUACGUAUGUGGAGAAUUCAAUGUUGUGGCUGUUAACAAUAAAUAUUUUGUAGAGAGAU